ACUGUUUAUGAUUAAAUUUGUGACAGUUGGUGACAGCUAGUAGUUAGUGCCGUUUUACGUGAUAUUAUAUAGAUAUGUUAUAAAUUUCUUAAAAAUGCUAACAGUAAAAUAAUGUAUUUCUCUCAAGAAUAUUAAUGAAAAAACACCAGCAUAUCAGUUCUAUACGCAUAAUUUGUGUGUAUAAUAUGUACGGUGAACGAGAAGACCAACAUAAAAAUAAAGAUGAUUUUCAGUCAUUUGACACGAUUAUGACAGACGAGGAAUUUCAGUAUUGUUAAAACAAUAAGAAUCUCAUUAAUCAAUAUAAGCAAUGGCACCCGCAAAAGACAAGUGGAUUAGACGUUUUAUAAUUCCUGAGACAGCAAGACAUAAGAAAGGCUUUACAAUUUACAAAGUCACUUCUAUGGUGUUCCUGAAUUCUUCUCAUGAAGAAAUAUCUAAAGUUUCUGUGUGGAAGCGUUACAAUGAUUUCAAGAAGCUUCACUCAGAACUUAGUAAUUUACACAAACAUUUAGGAAUAAAAGAAAGCUUCCCUACUUUCCCUAAAUCAAGAUAUUUUGGCAGAUUUGAAGCUGAAGUUGUAGAAGAAAGGAGGAAAUAUGCCCUUAAAUUUUUGGAAUUUAUAGGACAAUACUCGUACUUAUAUUCCAGUGAUAUUUUUAUAACAUUUUUUGAAACUAGUCACGUGGAUAAUUGCAACAGUGAUUGUGCACAUUCCAUAAGCUCUGAUACAUCAGAAGAUGAUCGUAUUGUUGCUUUGAAUAAUUCUGUGCUGACAGAUGAUACUAUAGCACAAAGUACUUUUCAAGUGCCAUAUCUUUCUAAAACAUCUAAUAAUGUUCUAACAAACACAUAUUCUACACUGUCAAAUAUUUGUACAAAUGAGAAUGAAUGUGCAGUAUCUCACAGAAAAAGUGAAUCUCACAGCACCACUAAUUUACAAAAAGCAAGUAUUACACGAGAUGAAGAAAAUAAUAAAAUGACAAAGCAGUAUAUACAAGAUACCACUAAUCAAGACUGUGAUGUGCAUAUUAGAAACACAAAUCUUGACAGAAAUCACAAAGUAACACUACAUGAUGAGUCAGGGUUUGACUGUCUAAAUAAUAAUAUUAGUAAAAAUCUUUCAAAUUGUAACACUGCUCAUUCUACGUAUUCCAUGACACAGGCAGACUCUGCACAAUAUAUUUUAAUAGCUGCUGGCCAUAUGAGUGCAGCUUUCAAGCAUGAAUCUAUAGCAGAAUAUAAAGAAGCUUUUACACAGUACAAAUUGGGAAUAUCAUCUCUUAUAACUGGUGUACAGCUUGAUCCAGACAGUACAAGAGUAGCGAAUAUAAAAGAAAAAAUAUCAAAAUAUUUAGCACAGGCUGAGCAAUUAUAUAAUAAGCAUUUAAAUUGCAAUAUUUCAUUAAUAAGUAAACCUGUGUCAGAACUCCAAUAUUAUAAAAUACUUAAAAUAAUGAAAUCAGUAAUGCUUGCAACAGACAUGCGUAUAAAUUGUAGCAGAAUCAUAAAGUCUAUAGAAAAAUCUUCUGUUCAUGAGGAUAACAUAAAUAAUUAUGUAUUACGUGAACGAGUGCCAUACAUGGUAGAGUUGUAUUCAUGUGUAGAAACUGAGACUGCUGUAUUUCUGAUCCUGCAAUAUGCUAAUUGUGGAAGAUUAUGGGAUUUCAUUAAAUUACGUUAUAAACCACCCAAUAAUUUGAUCCUAAAUCACAUAUGUACAAAUAAUUAUGUCAACAAACUUGAUAGUAACGAAAAUACUCACGAACUCAAGAAAACUGAUAAAGUUAUAGAAAGUGAUAUAUCACAGGGUAAAGAUCAUAUAUGCUCGAUAGAUGAACAAAAUGAGAUCUAUAGCAUGGAGGUACCAACCGUACAAUUGUUAGAAAAAUCACAAAAAUUGUUACAAUCCGUUAAUGCGACAUUAAGAAGAAGCAAUUCCAUUGCUAGUCGAUUAAACAAAUCUAAGGAAUUGAGAUACUCGGGAAAUGCAUCAUCACUGAAUGCAAAAAUUAUUGCUCAGAUAUCGCGGGAUUCAGAUCUUAAAAGAAAUAACGAUAUCGGAAGUACUUCUGUUGAUACAAAUGCUUUAAAUAUCAAUUGUACCAUUAAUGUAAAUAAUCAUUUAACAUCAAAUAACGACCGCAACAUUUAUGAGACACAAUAUCCGCAUCUAUACAAAGAAAAUAAUGCUGAUGACGACCAAGAACUUUGGCAAGUACCUGAGACUGUGGUCCGAUCAUGGGCAGCUGAAAUUCUUUUAGCCCUGGAAGUGCUUCACCAACAAGGUGUCUUUAUUUUCGAUUUCAAACCUGAUAAUAUUCUUAUCGACGAUAUGGGACAUGUGCAGCUCACUUAUAUCAUACCACAACACAAUGUGGAAUUAUCAAAACUGACAUACCCAUAUUCGUCUCCAGAGUCGGCAACAUUUUCCCCGACCAUUUUUGUUACGUCUGCCACAGAUAUUUGGAGCUUUGGAGUUAUUUUAUACGAGUUACUUACCGGCAUUACGUUUGCUGUUAAACAUCCUGGAUUAUUUCACUCACAUUCCGCAAUUAGUAUUCCUAGCAAGCUAUCAGAAAAUGCGAGAACUUUGUUAUAUGGCAUUCUAAAGUAUCAUCCGGACGAACGAUUAACGAUAAGCGAAAUAAAGCGUCAUCCAUUUUUUGCAGUAAUUGAUUGGUCCAGUAUGGUCAAUUCUUAAAUCUAAUAUUUAUACUGUUAGACAAAUAACAAAUUCGGCUUAACUGUUAAUAAUUGCGUAAGUGUUUAUUAUUGUACAGUCAGAAUCAUAUUAAUUUAUAUAAUACAAACUGAAAAUAUAUC